GUUGUGCAGAUGAGGAGACAAGAAAAAGCCUUUUUUGUUUCACACUUUGUGUAAAGUCUGGAAUGUGCUGGAUUUCAUAUCGUCGUGGAUACUUCAACAUGGAAGAUUUUUAUUGUUACCAGCAUUUAUGGUCUUAUGAAAAGAUUUUUCGCUUAUGAAUCUUUUUGAGACUCUUUUUAACCAGAAGAGCUUCCUGUACUUCUGAAGGCGUUUUAUCGAGAAUCUGGUGGUCAGCUAUCUACCCCGAAGAGCCUGGCAUCCUCAGUCACUUAAUAAGUCCUUGUCAUUUGGGACCCUGGAGAGAGCCUUUUAUACUUUUGGGAAUGGCUCAAGCUGAUACAGAGACCUGCAAAGAUUGUGGAGCAAGAAAAGAUGCAGGUACGGAUACAAUUUUCCACCAUUAUUUUUGCUAUGAUAUUUACAUUGUGUCAGCACCAGAACCACAGUCUACAAAACAAAGAGUCAUUGAUGAGUUUAUGGAUGAGAGGAUAGUAAAGCCACUUGAAGAACAAGGCUAUAAGUGUUUCCAUGGCUGCAGAAACAUGGUUGGGGGUGAACUUAUUCUGCAUGCCAUGAGUUACCCAAUCACUAUAAUACCUACAACCAUUGUACCUGUUUAUAAAGACAAGAACUUUGCGUCAUUUCGGAAUUUACUCCUUCGUCCUGAUUAUUUGGAAAGAAUUGUGUUUCUUUCAUUUGAUUCAACUAAGAUUUUCCCUGCCAUUCUUUCAAAGAAUAGUUACUCAAUAAAUAGCAAAGAUGCCAAUUUAUUACAGAAACUUAUUCACACAAUUGAUAAAAACAGGUACCAGAUACCACUCUGCCAAAGGAAACGACAAUAUGAAAUGCGGCAUGACCCAGAAUCGACAGUGUCUACUACUGGAUCUGAAUUUCACAGAAACAGUAUAUUCCGUAGAGCAGAUAAAUUACGAAUUCCCAUUCAAAGGAGGGCGAGCGCUGCUUCAGUUAUUUCUGAAGAAAUGACUGUAUACUCUGGUUCUGAAGUUCAAACAAUAGAUGAUGAUGUUUUCCUUGAGGAUCUCAAAAAUGUGACCUCUCCCAUGGAACUGCUGUGUCACUGCCAUCACCAUAAUGACAAGAUAAGACAUUUUGCAGCCAAAACUUUAGUCAGAAUAAUCCAGAAGGACAUUACCACAUUCUGUAAUAACACCAAUUUGCAAAAUGUGGAAAAAGAGGUCAGAUCUAUGGUAGAAAAUGAAAAUAUGAAACAAUGUGAAACAGACUGCAACUUUCGGAAGUUGUAUUUCUGGAUACUGGCAGCUAUCUAUAUUAGAAUAUACAAAAACAAUGAUUCCGAACUGAAAGCCCAUAUCAAGAGCCUGACAUUAAAAAAAUAUAAGUCCGGCACAAAAGCCUUUGAUGAUGUUUGCCAAAAGAACUACAAUAAACUCACCAUUUCUGUACAUGCAAAAAUAAAAACCUGGCCUAAAAGUAUGGAUAGUAAUGACAUGCAUAUCCAAAAGCUGGAGAACUGCAUUGCCUUGCUAGACCACAAAGCCUCUCAGGGUGCUGAGAAAUCUGAUGAUAUAAACGCCAUGAUAAAGUAUUUAAUUAACCUUCCUUGGGAUAUCAAAUACAUCUUUGUAGUCAUCAUUACGGAGAAGGUUUUCCAGAAAAAGUAUGCCGAUGGCAGUAUAUACUUUUUCUCCCAGAUAUGUGCUUCAGUGGGGCAAAAACACAGGGAAAUUCUUCUUGAUGUGGUUGAAAGAACAACUGAACAUAUUCUACAGAGCUACACUAAAGGUUCUGUAAAAUCAAGUUUGCAACUUCUUUCAAUCAUCUGGGAUCUCCAUAUGAAAACAAGGAAGAAAGAUGAAAAUUUAAUCACCAUUCUUAAACACUUCUUUAAAAAAUUAAUUUAUCAUCCUUUAAAUGAUGUCAGAAAUUUUGUUGCUCCGCUGCUGUUCAGUGAAGAUGUGAACGGUUUUAAGAUUCAGCAUUUGGGAAGCACUUGUGUCAUAGCUGACGAAGACCUUGUUGAGUCCUGUAUCCGUGAAAAGCUAUCCAUUGACCACCCUGAUAUGAUAGUGAAGGGACAAGUUCAUACAACCCUGAAAGCUUCCGUAUUUGAGGUCGAUACUCAAGAUGGCAAUGCCCUGUUGUACAUGUUUCGGCAAAAAACCUUAAAUGAUAUAUUGCGGACUAAUUCUACAGAUGAGGUAUAUGAAAGGUUUGAGGAAAUGUCAAAAGUGGUAAAGUUAUGCCAAGGGAAUAGUUGUAUUGCAGCGCUGAAGAACAUCAUUUCAAAUGGCAUACCUCCCUUUUAUGUGGUGGAAGACAGCAAACCACUAUUACAUUUUCUUCAUGAGAAAGAAAACCAGCUCACAUGGGCACAGAUGACUGGAAUACUCAUUGACAUCAAUAAAGCUGUUGAACAUUGCCAUAGCAAGUUUGUCAUCCUCCGAGACAUAACUCCUGCUAGUUUCAUUGUUUUUCCCAAAGCUGAUGGAUCCUUUCAAACAAAACUUGCACAUUUUCCAUAUGCCAAAUGUUUGUCUAAAGAUGGCAACAAUUUGAGCCAAGAAGACAUGAUAUAUGAUAUAAAUCUGUUGCGCUUUCGAGGUGAUGCCCAUGAGCCAGUUGCUGCCUAUUUCAGCUCUCCAGAAACCCUGAAAGAUAAGGAGUUCUCCAUCUUUUCGGAAUCAUGGAUGUUGAAUGCCACAUUCUAUUCAGUUCUUCUUUAUGGCAAACAGCCAUUUCAGGAAUUGGCUCAUCUCAACAUGUUUGAAUUUGUAAAUGAGAUAAUAUCAUGCCAUAAUGCAAUCAUUCCAGCCUCCUUCCCUCCUGAAUUGUGGAAAGUCCUGAAAAAGAAUUUUGCCUAUGUAUACCUACAUCGCAUGGCACCUGAAAGAGUAUUAGUGGAACUAGAGAAAUACAAGAACAAUUUAGGAGUUGUGAGAGAUGCAGUUUAUUCUAUAAACUCAAUUUGCUGUUAUAUUAAUCCAGAAGAUGUCCAAAAGGACUAUGUGAACUUCAAUGAUGAUUUAAUUCCAAAGGAAACAGAACAACAGGACAAAAACUUUUUCAGGGAUUAUUUUGCUAGGACCAAUCAUCUUAGUGAAACCGUGUCAAUAAGAAUGAACAUAAAUACGAGGAAAAAAAUAAAAGCAUUACAGCAUGACAAUAUCUUAUGUAUAGCAGAGAUUCUUACCGAUUUAUAUACAACUACACUGGUGUCCUAUCCUUUUGGUACAUAUACCAUUACUUUGGAUAACAUUGAUGCCUAUACGCCAGUAGAUCAACUUCUGUCUUACUUUGAACAAAUUACUGCCGCAUUGCUAGAACUACACUCCCAGAACAUUCUCCAUUGUGAUUUGCGCUGCAGUCACAUAUAUGUCAGCCCUUAUGAGGGCUCUUUAAAACUUGGCCAUUUUAGGAGAGCUGUAUCCUUGGAAGGCCAGAGGACCUCCCCGUACGUCUUUAAAAUGAUGCCUCCAGAUGCAGAAAAAUGGUCAGCUCCAGAAGUAAGAACCAGUGGCAUGUACUCACAAUCAUCUGACAUUUUUAACCUGGCAGCAGUGUUUUGGGAAGCUUUAAGUUAUCAGAAAACAACAAUCUAUGGUAAUCACCCACUUUUACCAUUUGACGCAUGUAAUAGCCAUAUGGAAAAACAUUGUGAUCCCAUAAUCAGUACAGAAAGAUGGAAAGAUUCUUUCAGUGAACUGGUAAUAUGGUUGCAAAAAUGCUGGCACCUCAAUCCAACAAAGAGGCCUUCACUGAAAUGUGUUAGUGAAACCAUUAAAGAUAUGAGUACGAAGAGCAAAGUGCACAGAAAAGAUUUUUCAGAAGACAUUUACAAUGAUGAAGAUUACUUAUAUGAAGAGAUACCUGUUGGUUCAAAUGUUGUUCCUGCCUCAGAUCCAAACAACAUCUCUGGAGAAGAAACCUCAAAUGAAAAUCAUUUCAAUGUAGAAUAUGCCUGGCUCAGUGUGGUUAAUGGACUUGUAUCAGAAAAAGGAAUUGUAAACAAUACCACAGAGUUCAUUUUCUUUAAAGAAACCACUGAAUAUUGUGAUGUGGGCAUUAAUUACAAAAAAUCAAGAAAAAAUAGAGCUAUAGUUCUAUAAAUUUCUAUACAGAGCCAACAGAAUCACAGAAAUAUCACAUGGAAGCUUCUUCAUGGGCCUAUGCAGUUUUGUCCUACUAGGUCAAGCCCAAGGAAAAGCUUAGAGAUGCAUCUCAGUGGGGUAUGCAGGGGUGUUUUUGACCCCUGAGCCGCCCUGAGGCUGCUCCUGCGAUGCCAAAUCUCAACCCCCUGCACGCUUACCUUUACAACACCAGAAGGGAUCUGGGGGGGCCACACUGCAAGUGUAGAGAGCACAAUUGCACCCCUGGUUUCUUGACUCGCCUCAUGCAGCAGCGCCCCAGUGAAAUAGACUUUACAUGUCCUUUAAGUUUGAAGUAACUAAAUCAUAAUUACAAAGGCAGUUACACUCAGUGUCGGACUGGGGGGUGCAGGGCCCACCGGGGCUCCCGCCCCAGGGGCCCUGCAGGUGCCCCAGCCGCA